AUGGACGAUGACGAUCAACGAGACCCGACCUUGCCGUCCCUCGAGGGCCUCAGCGGUGGUGGCCACCCGUUUUCGAUACCCUGGAGCCACGACGUGAGAGUGCUCCUGGGCGGCUUCAAAUCGUCUUGGGUGACAAGGAUUGAAGGCCCCUGGGUUGGUAAAGGGGCAUUUGAUACCUCAGACGUGCAGAUUCAUACCGUUAUUCCCGAUACCCAGGGCGGGUCUACUUCUUACAAGGACGCCAUCACCACCAGCACGGCUGUCUCCAACGAUCAUCUCAGCGCCUCGCUUGGGAUCACGGUGGGCUAUCCCUUCCUCAAUGCGUCUGUCACGGGAGAGUAUGACAGAACUGUUAUGGAGAGUCACAACGCUGUUCGAGCCUCUUUGAACGCGUCCUGCCGCCUUGGCCGGAUUGUGCUGGACCAGCCCCCACUCCUGUCGAUGGCAGCCCAGACUGUUCUCCUGGAGCAGGGAUCCCAGCGCUUCGCCGAGAUCUACGGAGACUAUUACGUUGCGGGGUACGAGCUGGGGGCUGACGCCGGCGCGUCCCUCUUUGCCAGGACCGACUCGAAGAGCUCCGAGGAGACACUGGUCGUCACGGUCACGGUCAAGGUCCUCUUCGCCAAGAAGAAGCUGCCUCCCUACACCAAGAAGUGGCAGUCGUCGCAAUCGUCCUCGUCCAUCUGCUUCGCGGGAUACAACACGCUGGGAAGCUCCAAGAAGUCCCUCGAGGCAAGGGACCUGUCUCCAAUGGGCCUGAGUGCGCUGCAGAGCACCUCGGCGGCGUACCUGGACAAGGUUAGGGCGCUGGACCCCACGGCCCGUGGCGAGCUGGAGAGGCUGGGGCUGCGGGACGGCCAAUCAAUCUCGCUGUCCAAGUGCUCUGAGAUUUGCGAAUCGGGGCUGGUGGUUCAGCUGCUCUUGGCCCCGUAUGCUCGCCUGACCCAAUAUAUUGAGCUAGAAUUGGAGGCAGGUCAGGCCCUCAGACCGAGUUCAGUGCCCAGUAACUCCAAUUUGAUCAUGGCACCACCACCGUACCCCGUCUCAACGCAAUGGGUGACGUUCCCAACCGACAUUGAAACCUCCGUUCUGAUCAAGUGGACCGAGAACAAGCUGGAGGCUCGCCAGGCUCUAUACUACAAAGCCAGAUGUUACUGGGGGGACUUGAAGGAGCAGAGCGACCAGCAGAGAGCGGUUGACAAUGAUAACCCCGUCGUGCUACCCACCAGCUCGGGAGACAUCAGCCUCGUGGGCGUAACCACCAUCUACAUCGCCCAGGAGUAUGCAGAAAAAGGCUAUGCCGGUGGCCUAGUGAAGAAAUAUCACAUUCACGACUUGGCAAAGGCAGCCAACGGGGGAAAGCAAGUGCCGCCAUGGGUUACGAUGAGGCUCGACGCCCAUUUCCAUUACGGGCAGGAUGGCAAGAAUCAAAACCUGCGACGAUGGAUUGUCUACCACCCUUCUAUCAUCAGAGGCGCCCCCCCGCCAGCCAUGCACCAGCACCGCUUCACUGGCCUUCCGAAGAUAGAAUGGCUCAACGCUGUCGCCUCUGACGCGUCUGAUAUCGGGGCAGGUACCAACGCCGGGAUCCAGGCUGGAGCGUACCUGGGUUCCAAGAUUGGAGCGAAAGCAAUUGACAUGAUGGCAUCCAAGUUUGGCGACCCUCUGCAUCAGUUCCUGAGCCAAAAGGAGGCACAUACUGUCAUGUAUGCAAGCAUGGAGAAGCUCAAUUUGACUGGAAAGAACGGAGAGCUGCCCCCGCGGACCAAGCAGCUGAUUGCCGUCCAGAUCUGGGAGGUGCAGAAGAUCAUCCUCGAUAUCAAGGAGGCAGAAAAGCUCGACCUUGAACUGGAAAAAGCCGAGCGUCAAUUUCAAAAAGAUGCCAAGGACUAUUUCCGCAACAAUAAAUCCGAUGUGGCCCUGCUGCACAAGACUUUUGCCGCCGAGGUCAAGCGUGACGCAGAGCAGCAAGCCGAGGAGGACGCCAGGAUUGCGAGCCUACCAGCCACAAUUGCUGCGCUGAAUUCGCCGGUGCAAUCCCUGCUCCUUAAUGUGUCUAAUACGGCAACUGUCAGCGCAAAAGACGCCUCUGACCUUGACCUGACCCUGGGACUGAUUAACAUGAACCGGCGACUCGCCGAUAGGGUGAGGAACCCCCAGGACUUCGAGAAUGACGUCUACGCUGGAAACCAGAACAACCCUCUUCUAGGGCAGUGGGAGGUUGAAUAA